AAAGUUACUUUCCACAGGAAUAUGUAUAUACAGGGUGAUUCGUCGUUAAGUGCAGUAAACAUGUCCCUGAUAAAUAUUUGUCGAAUUUGUUUAGAUAACAGCGUAGAAUUAAGAAAUAUCUUCGAAGAACGAGUUAACAAUAGAAGCCUUUCGGCCCUUUUAUCCGAAUUUGCCGUAGUCGAGGUAUCUCAAGGCGAUGGGCUUCCUUCGACGAUUUGCGGCGCUUGCAACGAGAAACUCAUGACCGCCUUGGAUCUGCGACAGCAAAUCAUCAAAUCCGAUAAACAGCUUCGUACGGAGGUGAUCGUUAAAAGCGAGAUUAAAAUUGAGGACGGUGACAAUUUGGAAAUCGUGACGGUGGACGUGCCCGCGAUUCCGGUGGAGACGGAGGAGGUCAAAGUGAAAGCUAAAAGGCUGAGGUACUACUGCGCUGAGUGCGAUAAGUGCUUCUCGCGACGCGCUUACUUCAUCGCACACAAUCGCAAACACACGGGAGAAGUGGGUGACGCAACACCCAACGUUUGCGACAUAUGCAACAAGAGGUUUGCGUUGCCGUGGCUGUUAAAGCUCCACACGCGAAUACAUACGGGCGUUAAACCGUGCGUGUGCAAGACGUGCGGUCGGACAUUUCGAUUUCCCAGCGCCCUGACCAUUCACAAACGAAUUCACACAGGAGAAAAGCCAUACAAGUGCACCGUAUGCGACAAGAGCUUCACGCAGAGCGGCGGUUUACAAGCUCAUUUACCGGUGCAUACAGGCGAGAGAGCAUUCAUGUGCGAAAUUUGCAGCGUCACCUUCACCUCCUUUACCACCCUCAGAAAGCACCACCUCGGCAAGCACAAGGCGGGCAAAGGCAAGUACGGCUGCCCGACUUGCGAGAAGCGCUUCAACACCUCCACCAUCUUGAAAAAUCACCUCAAAACGCACACGGGCGAGAAACCCUUCUCCUGCUCGGUGUGCACGAAACGGUUUACCGAACGCGGUUCGCUGAAGCUGCACAUGCGAAUACACGAGGGCGUGAAGCCGUACUCGUGCAAGAUCUGCGGCAAGCGCUUUACCCAGUCGAGCUGUCUGGUGAGACACAUGCGGGUGCACUCCGGCGAGAGGCCCUAUCCGUGCACCGCAUGCCCGGAACGUUUCAUGUAUUCGCAUCACCUUCUUAAGCACAUGAAGAUUCGUCAUCAACAGGAGAGCAGUCCCACUGUGGCGACCUAAGCUUCCCCUUUUGUUUAAAAAACUCUAGAAAUCCUUUGUCGCUAAUUGAUAUUUUUAUAAUAACAAAUAUUGUUCAAUUAACAAAUCCGCAUGUGGAAGAAGAACAGAAGUGGUCCCGAUAUACUGCCAUGGGCAACUCCACGAUUUGAAAUUUUUGCUAUAAGUGCGAGUCUCCUCGUCACUUUGUUGUAGGUCAUAAAGAAAUUAAAGAUUUUGAAGAAUAA